AUUUUGUAAAAGUGAAUCGGGUCAGAUUGUAAAUUCAAAUUCUUUGAAAAGUUUGGAAUAUUCCUUUUUUUGGUGAAAAUAUUUAGUGUUUACCGUGUGCAAAUAAAAGUUAUCCAACAUGAGCAAUAAGGCUCCCGAUGCUCGCGAACCACAGGCCUUCGAGCGGGAUCAGGCUUGCCCUGUUACCCCCGUGCCCAGCGAUGAGGCGCAACGUCCGGCCGAUACGUUGAACGUCGACCGGCCAUGCACUGACCACGCUGUUAAGUCAGUGCCGGCCGACAACGCUAAGUUCGUCGAGUCCGACAAACACGAUGUCUACACACAAAGUCGUCGCGACUCGAGCACAAAUCCCGAACGUCCGUACUCGCUGGACAAUAUGGGCCCGGAGCCCGAUCUGAAGGAGCCGAUGGGUGUUUGCGGGGACUAUGUGGAGCAGUCACCUCCAUCGUGUGUCAAGAUCGACAACAAGGAUAACUUUUAUUCGCGCAAUCCGAUUACAGGCUCUGGUCUGAAUGGCGAUGGCGUGGGUGGUCUAAAGCCCAGGAAGGUCAAGAACCGAGAGGGUAAUCCAGUUACCGGUGAGGGUUACAAGCCGGGCGCAACUGACUUUAUACAGCCACAUAGUCAGCCGAUGCCAUCCAAUACGAAUAGUCGAGUUCCGCCCGGCGGUUAUUCGUCGGGACUUUGGUAAGCUCCAUAUUCGGAGCAUAUUGACCAGUCCUGCAACCCUGAAAACGAUAACGAAAAAGAGAGAACCCUUAAGCGAUAAGAAAAGAAGACAACCGAACGCAUUAAAGAUGGUAUAUAGAUGACUAUCGCAAGGCCCGAUUUUAACACUAAAAAACUACAAAAUACAAUACAGAAAAGCACAAAAAAAA